CUAAAUUCAUAAAUCACAACACACAAUUGCUGAACUUCCCAUAGCAUGUGUGCUUCAAAAUAUGUGAUAGAUGAGAACCAGAGACACCCUAUCCCCAUUUUCCACUUUAACGUUUUUUUGAUCGAAUCCCAAAUGUCCGUUCUUUAACUAAAUCCAACCAACACCCAAACGGAUUGUUUUUCCCUCCGGCGCCAGGAGGCCUUUUCAUAUCCAUGGCCGCCAUUCAUACCUCCUUCUCCUCCCUUCACUCCCAGUGCCACUCUCUCUGUACCAUUGCUUCCCAGUUUCCCCCUCACCAAUUCUCUCUCAAGCGAACCUCUCGAAACUACCAAAGUUUGAAACUUUCCCGGUUCCUUUGCCGAUCAAGUAGCGAUGGCAACGAGGAUUAUUUUUUGGAUGCUCCCGUUUCUGUUGGUGAUGGGUUUUCUUUCAGUGGAGGAAAGUAUUCAGACGAGCCCAGUCCCGCAGAUGAAUGGUUCAAGCAGGGGAGAAUUGUAAAAGCUCAUCUAGUCAAUGGAAGUGGUGAGAAGGCAAAAGACCCGAUUUUUGGUCUUACAAUGGGAGCUGGUUCACAGUCAUCAUCUGAUCUUUUCAGAUGGUUUUGCGUUGAAACUGGAACUGCUUACGAUUCUUGCAUUGUAUUAAUCCAUGGGUUUCCCUCGCAGGCAUAUUCUUAUCGCAAAGUUCUCCCCAUACUUUCAAAGAGCCACCAUGUCAUUGCAUUUGAUUGGCUAGGAUUUGGAUUUUCAGAUAAGCCCCAGCCAAAAUAUGGAUUUGACUACACAUUGGAUGAAUAUGUAUCAUCCUUGGAAUCUGUAAUUAACACACUGACUAACAAAAAGGUUACCCUUGUAGUCCAGGGAUAUUUUUCGCCUAUUGUUAUCAAAUACGCCAGCACUCAUCAGGAUAAGGUGAACAGUGUCAUACUUCUCAAUCCUCCGUUGACAGUCAAGCAUGCAAACCUGCCUUCAACCUUAUCCAUAUUCAGCAAUUUCUUGCUUGGGGAAAUCUUUUCUCAGGAUCCACUAAGGGCGAGUGACAAGGCAUUGUUGAGCUGUGGUCCUUACCAAAUGAAAGAAGAGGUAGCCAUGGUAUAUAGGAGACCAUAUCUUACAUCGGGAUCAUCAGGAUUUGCGUUGAACGCACUAAGUAGGGCAAUGAAGAAGCAACUUAAGGGGUACAUUGAGGAAGCACGAGGGAUACUCACGGGCAAAAAUUGGGAAGUUCAAACAACGGUAUGUUGGGGACAAAGAGACCGCUGGCUAAGUUUCGACGGUGUAGAAGAUUUCUGCAAAGAAUCAAAGCUCCGACUAGUCGAGCUUCCCAUGGCCGGUCAUCAUGUUCAAGAAGAUAGCGGGGAAGAAGUAGGACAGGUGAUUGCAGAAAUUGUUGGGAAAAAAAGCAGACUCUGAAGAAAUUCAGUGUUGCCUCAGCUCACAAAGAGAAAUCAGUAUGAAUAUAUUAUUGUUAUACCAUAAACUAUAGGAUUACAGUGUGAUUAAUAGUGAAAGUAAAAUAAGGAAGAAACUCACAUAUAUGUUCAUUUUGUAAUGGAUUAGACAUAUACUAUAGAGUGUUUGUAUUAUGAGUGUUAUUGGAAGAAUGUUACGUUGUUGAGAGAAAUUAAGCAGCUGGAGUUUGUG